ACCCAUGCGCGCGUCAGCUUCAUCUAACGACCUCAUAACCGCUUCCUCACUAUUUCACGCAUAAAUUCUUUCGCACUCACUCGCUUCUUUCAUUGUGGUUCGCAUUCUCUCUGAAAUUUCGAAACAGUUCUCUGAUUCCUUUUCUCUCUCCGUCAUGGAUACUUCUCUGCAACUCUCAUUGCUCUGUGCCGUUUCGAUCGUUGCAAUGCUUUGCUCACCCACGGUGACCGCUAUUGAAGGACUGCAAGGAAGCUUCACGCCUCCAACCGUACCGUUAACACCACCGCCGGCUCCACAAGAACUCCAAGAACACUCAUUCUUCUCACACACAGCACUCCUCCCUCCGAUCUUGUCUCAUCUUGGCUUCCACGAGCUGGCCACGGCGGCUCCUUUACUCUCUGACUCAACCUCCUCCGCUGCCUCUUCCUGGACUGGUCCUUCUACGAUCUUUGCUGCGUCAGAUGCCUCCCUUCGCACCUGUUUCUCUUGCUCUGUUCCUAAUCUUCUUCGCGAGCACAUCGUUCCUGGAUACUUUACCAUUGAUUAUCUGCGGAAACUUGCCUUCGGAACCAAGAUCGAAACCUUGAGUCCAGGUCGUUGCAUUACUCUCACGUCUGAUUCGGUCCACAGAAACUCCAGCACUGCUGGUGAAGUGAAGGUGUUUGUCGGAGGGAUGGAGAUCACGCAGCCGGAGUUAUUCAACAAUGGUAUGGUUGUUAUUCAUGGCAUUCAAGGCUUUGUCUCACCACUGUCUCCGUUUUCUUGCGAAGUGGAGAGGAUGUCUUCGCCCUCGUAUCCUUACCAUCUAGACCAUCGUUCCGGUCACCACACCACGUCCGGCUCAAUGCAGACAGCCAUCACGCGCCUGAUGAUCAGAGACGCGAUUCUCCGACUACGUAACAAUGGCUUCAGCAUCCUAGCCCUUGCUAUGAAGGUGAAGUACUCCGAGCUGGUCACACUCAAUAACAUGACGAUAUUCGCCGUUGACGAUCUCUCCAUCUUCUCCGGUUCACAUUCUUAUAUCAGCAAUGUGAGGUUUCACAUCGUGCCGAACCAUUACUUGACAUUUACGGACCUGGAGAAGCUACCGGUAGGAACGCCUCUGCCGACUCUGGAACGUGGCCAAACGCUGCUUAUCACUACCUCAAGUGGAGGCUUGACUUCAGCGCCGAUGAGGAUUAACUAUGUGAGGGUUAAGGUGCCGGACGUUAUCCGCAAUAUCAAGAUAGUGGUGCACAGUGUUUACUUGCCAUUUCCACAUAUUAGCCCUGUCGCUGCGGCUUACGACAGCAUACUUGGAGGUGAAGGAGCGGCUCAUGCGUCUUCAGAUCAGAUGAUGGAAGGAACCUGUGCUGCUAUGGAUGGGAAUGGAAAUUGCAGCGGGCAGCCAAUACCUCAGGCCAAGCCAAUGGUGGAGAUCGAAGAUCACCAUGGUCUGUGAUUUGAGAGUUCGAGUGUCUUGUGACACGCAUCUAGUUGUCUGUCUUUCAUGGUUAGUGCGCUGUUUCUAGUUCCCUGUUAGUUCGUUGCCGCUUGAGUGGAGUCUUAAACUGAGUCAAUCCAAGAGGUUUUUCUUCAUCCAUUUCUUCAGUUUUAGCUUAUGGUGUAUACGGCAACACUCUGUUACACCUUAGUAAAAGUUUGUUGAUUCUGAGCUUUCUUGAUAUGUUUCUUGUUCUUGUAUUUUCUUAAAGAAUGAUAUUCUUGACUUGUUUCC